GCGGCCCAUCGUCAAACAGCUUGUAAAAGCCCAUAAUUAAUCGGCUGGAACGCCCUGGACGCAGAGCUCCGCAAGGCACACCUAUCUGCCGCGCCUCGCUGCGUCUCGCCCGGCGCCGCGGCUCCACAGAUUCACUUACAGGCCCUGCUGCGCAAAAACAGCGCGCGCGCGCGGCGCACGGCUCCCGCCUACGCUGCCGACGCCGGUGCGCAUCGCUGCGCCAGAACACGAAACUCAGACAUAACAAAAAACCAUGGACGAGCUCGCCCGCUUAGAGCUCGUCAACAAAGUCGUGUCAAGACUCGAGGAGGAAGUCGGCAUCGGCGACCGCACAUUAGCCGAGUUCGUCAUCCACUUGGCCCAAGAGGCGGGCACGCCCGUCGCCUUCACGGAAUCACUCGCAAAGAACGGGGCAGACUUUUCCGACGAUUUAUCAAGGCAGAUUUUUGCCUUGGUCGAGGACGCUUCCACACCACUGCCCGCGGCGCCGCCUCCACCAAGGCCGAAGGAACCAGAGCAGCAGCGGAAGCGCCCGCGGCCGUCGGGCGGCCCCGCGGAGCUGUACGAGGUCUAUGCGGGUUCCGUGACGAAAGUUACUGAUUUCGGGUGUUUCGUGGAAUUGGAGGACGUGUCUCCAAGAACCGAAGGCUUGGUCCACGUCUCCAUGAUAAGUCGAGAACGCAUCAGGGAUCCGAGUCAACAUGUACAAAGGAGACAGCGCGUCUUCGUGAAGGUUGUGGGUCGAGCGGGGCAGCGCGUGUCGCUGUCCAUGAAGGAGUGCGACCAGCGAUCGGGCAGAGACUUGCAACCGAGACGACGAGAGCUCCUCGACGACCAAACGGAACGGAAGACGCGCAGUAACCCGAUGAUCAACCCCGGCGUGCGGCUAGACGACAUACAAAGAGAGUCGGGCGGACGAGCGCCGAAACGACUGACCUCUCCGGAAUUGUUCGAAGCGAGGCAACUAGCUGCCUCUGGCGUCUUGCCGCCGGAACUAUUACCUACAUAUGAUGCCGAGCGGGGCGGCGCUCUCGCGGCGGGCGGCCGCGAGGAGGUCGAGGAGGACAUCGAGAUCGAAUUGAAUACGCACGAACCGGCCUUUCUGCGAGGGCAGUCGACGAUAGCACGAGAAGCCUCGCCCAUAAAAAUCGUCGCCAAUCCCGACGGCUCGUUGCAGAGGGCCGCCCUGACCCAGGGCCAGCUCGCGAAGGAGCGGCGCGAGCUGAAGACGGCGCAAGCGAACGCGCUCAUCGACGGCAUUCCAAAAGAUUUGAAUCGGCCGUGGGAGGACCCGAUGCCCGAGGCCGGCGAGCGGCACUUCGCCCAGGAGCUGCGCUCCGUGAAUUUGGCAGGUAGCCAGGUCGAGUCCGCCUGGAAGCAGCAGCAGAAGAAGGCCGCGUUGUCGUUCGGACAUGUUUCCACCAAAACGAUAAGAGAACAACGAGCGGGCCUGCCGAUCGCGCAACUACGCAAUGAGUUGAUGGACGCGAUCCGGGACCACCAAUGUUUAGUGGUGAUCGGCGAGACCGGUAGUGGCAAGACGACGCAGAUGACGCAGUACAUGGCCGAGAUGGGCCUGACGUCCAGAGGUAUGAUCGGCUGCACGCAGCCUCGACGCGUCGCGGCGAUGUCCGUGGCCAAACGAGUCGCCGAGGAGUUCGGUUGCGAUCUCGGCCAAGAAGUCGGGUACACGAUUCGGUUCGAAGAUUGCACGGGACCCUCCACAGUGAUUAAGUACAUGACGGACGGCAUGUUAAUGAGAGAAUACUUGGCGGUGCAUGUCAGUGUGGAACUCUUCGCGUCGACGGCGUUCGCGAGCGUCGUCGGCACGCCCCGCGUCGAUGGCGUCGGGAGCGCCGCCCGCACGCCAUCGCCGCGGCGCCGCACACAUCACGCCUCACCCCGCGCAGGACGGCGACCUCGGCCGCUACUCCGCCUUGAUUCUAGACGAGGCCCACGAGCGGACGAUCCACACGGACGUGCUCUUCGGCUUACUCAAGGAUCUAGUACGAAAGAGACCAGACUUGAAAUUAGUCGUCACGAGUGCAACGCUCGACGCCGAAAAGUUCUCGACGUAUUUUUUCGAAUGCCCGAUUUUUACGAUCCCCGGUCGAUUAUUUCCUGUGGAGGUUUUGUACACGAAGGAGCCGGAGCAGGACUACUUGGAUGCUGCUCUCAUAACCGUGAUGCAGAUCCACUUAUCCGAACCUGCUGGGGAUAUCCUUGUAUUCUUGACGGGCCAGGAAGAAAUUGAUACUUGUUGUGAGGUGUUGUACUCAAGAAUGCAACAACUAGGCGACCUCGCGCCGGAAUUGAUCAUCUUACCUGUGUAUGGCGCUUUGCCAGCCGAGAUGCAAAGUCGUAUUUUUGAACCCGCACCAACAGGCGCCAGAAAAUGCGUCGUCGCGACGAACAUCGCCGAGGCCUCGCUGACCAUAGAUGGCAUCUACUACGUCGUGGAUCCCGGUUUUUGCAAACAAAAAGCUUAUAACCCCAAACUAGGCAUGGAUUCUCUGGUCGUCACGCCCAUCUCCCAAGCCUCGGCCAAGCAGAGGUCUGGCAGGGCUGGCAGGACGGGGCCUGGGAAAUGCUAUCGGUUAUAUACCGAAGCGGCUCUACGUACCGAAAUGCUCCCGACCUCGAUACCAGAAAUCCAACGGACCAAUUUAGGAAAUGUGGUCUUACAGCUCAAGGCCAUGGGCAUCCACGACUUGUUGAAGUUCGACUUCAUGGAUCCCCCACCGGUCGCGACGCUCGUCGGUGCCAUGCAGUCGUUAUACGCUCUCGGCGCUCUAGACGACGAGGGGCUGCUCACGCGGUUCGGGCGGAAGAUGGCCGAAUUUCCCUUGGAGCCGCAAUUGUCAAAAAUGCUCAUCACGGCCGCGGACCUGCGAUGCGCGGAGGAGAUCCUGACGGUCGUAGCCAUGCUUUCAGUAGAACAGCCCUUCUACCGGCCGAAGGAGAAGCAGGCGCAGGCCGACGCGAAGAAGGCCAAGUUCUUCCAGUCCGAGGGCGACCAUUUGAUGUUACUCGCGGUCUACGAGGCCUGGAAAAAUGCCAAGUUCAGCAACCCGUGGUGCUACGAGAAUUAUUUGCAAGCUAGAGCUAUGAGGAGGGCCCAAGACGUGCGCAAGCAGCUCGUCACGAUUUUAGACAGGUACAAGAUGGACGUGUUGAGUGCGGGCCGGGACUGGGAUUUGGUGAGGAGAGCAAUAGUAGCUGGGUAUUUUACCAAUGCGGCCAAGAAGGACCCGCAGGAGGGCUACCGGACCAUGGUCGAGGGCUCGCCGGUGUCGAUUCAUCCCUCUUCGGCACUAUUUAAUAAAAAUCCGGAGUGGCUCGUGUACCACGAACUCGUUUUAACGUCGAAGGAGUACAUGCGGAACGUGAUGGCGAUUGAACCGAAGUGGCUCGUCGAGCUGGCGCCGCGCUUCUUCAAGCGGGCCGACGCCGGGCAGCUGUCUACCGCCAAGAGAAGGCAGAAGAUCGAGCCGUUGUAUGAUCGGUUCAACCCGGAAGGGUCGUGGCGGCUGUCGAAGCGGCGCGGCUAGAUCUAACUACUGUUCUCUGUUAGUCUUCGCGAAGGUGCCUUGUAGUUCUCACCCUAAAUUUU